CCGAGCCGUGCCGCCUCGCUCGCCCGGGCCCCGCCGAGGCUGCUGCUCCCCCGUCCCGGCGCGGGAGGACUCGCUCCAAACUCCCUGAACUUCAGGAGCAGCCCCCGCAGGGCAAAACUCUCAGGGACCCCCACCCCGGGCGGCGCCCCUCGACGACCUCCCCUCGCCGAGCCCCCUGCUGACAAGUGCCUGGACUCCCAGGGCCUCAGGGGCCCGGCCGGAUCUGACUGUCCCCAGCCCAGUGCCCGGCAACGAUGCUCAUGAGGAAAGUGCCCGGCUUCGUCCCGGCCUCCCCCUGGGGGCUGCGGCUGCCGCAGAAGUUCCUCUUCCUUCUCUUCCUCUCCGGCCUCGUCACCCUGUGCUUCGGGGCCCUGUUCCUGCUGCCCAACUCCUCUCGCCUCAAGCGCCUCUUCCUGGCCCCCCGGACCCAGCAGCCCGGCCUGGAGGCAGUGGCCCAAGUCGCCGGCCACACCCUGACCCGCGAGCAGGAGUCGCCUCCGAACCCGGCCCCCGCGGCUCCAGCCCCGGGUGAGGACGACCCCAGGAGCCAAGCCAGUCCCCGCCGCAGGAAAGGGUGGCUGCGGCGCACCCGCCCCACCGGGCCGCGGGAGGAGGCCACGGCGUCCCGGGGCAGCGGCGCCACGGCCCUCAGACCGCAGGAGGGGAGCAUCUCCUCUAGCUUUGACUUCAGCGCGUUCCGGAGCCGCCUCCGCCACCCGGUCCUGGGCACUAGGGCCGACAAGAGUAAGGAGCCCCAGAGCCUAGUUCAAAGCCAGCGGGAGAAAAUCAAGGAG